CUCUUCCCCGCUUUUUGUUUUCCUUUCCUUCUCUUCUCUUUUCUCUCUUGUUUCAUUGACUAGCAACAGCAUCAUUCGUGUGCGCAAACCGUAUUUAUCUUUGGAGAGACAAAAAAUCAUAAAUAUCGACACUGUCAAGCCCAAAAACAACGUGCCCAAUUCUGUUCCACCUAUGAAUGAUUCACCGCCAGUCACUGGCCAUGACUAUCGCACGAGUUCUUGUACCGGACCGGACGACACACCUGGAACCGAUGAUGCAAAUAACCACAGCAUCGCUUCAUCCUCAGACACGGCUGCAAACAAGCUAACAUCGACUGUUGCUAUGGCUUCACCGCCAUCCCCGCGUGUAGUAUUUACGCCGACCAACACCGCCGAGGCAUCAUCCACUAUCACUAUCCGACAGCCAAGCCGGCUUACCUCUACAGAACGAGCCGAUCUUCAAUUAUUGAUCCGGUCGUUUCUCAUGCCGACAACACCACAUGCGUCGGAAACCAAGUCAACUGCGGUGACCGAGUCCACAGACAGUUUUACCAUAGAAGACCGCGACACAACGCAGGAUGAAAUGGCUGGCCAUUUCAUUCAGCUCUCUUCCGCUGCACAAGCUGAAAAGGUCUUUGCGUUGCUGCACGGAAUGUCUUUGCCAUCCACCAGUACCACCCUCCAACUCCACUACCGCAGCCGGGCGUUUACUCUCGACGUCCAUCAUCGUCCCAUCUCGUUGUUCGCCAAACAUGUUCCACAGCAUAUCUCCAUUGCUCAGGUGUACGAUAUAUUUCGUCGUUAUGGCCCGAUUUUCCAAUGCCAGAAAGCCAACCAUCCCUCUUUCAAUGAUCGCAUAGAUGAAUCGACCUACAUCCUGUCUUUUCUUUCUUCAGUCGACGUUGAUACUGCGCAGAAAGCUUUGCAUCAAACCGAACUUGGUGGCCGGACCAUAGCAGUUUGUAAAGCUUCCGCCAAAAGCCAGAUCAAAAAGCAAAAAUCAUUCCGCAAAGGAGAUGCAUUAGCUUCCUCACGCGAGCACACAGUGUCGAACAAAUCGUCGCCUAGUCUUUCACCUUUUCCUUCGGUUCCUCUGAUCGGAACACCGCUGCCCGUCACCAUUCCGUAUCCGCCGCCGCCGCAUCAUUAUCCUUCCCCCUUUGAACAGCCUUGUUUUGAACUUCGGCCUUCCAUGGAUCUGUGCAAUCUGUAUGUGAAACACGUCGACUCGUCCACGACCAGUGCUCAGCUUUUCAACCUAUUCGAGCCGUAUGGUCGUAUCAUCAGUGCGCGGGUCAUGGAGGAUACCACCACGGGUCGAUCCAAAGGAUUCGGCUUCGUUAGUUUUAGUCAUCCCGUGGAAGCCGCCUCGGCCUUAAUUGAUAUGCACCGACGAAACGAAAGAAGGGAAUCAUCGCUACAGGAUAAAAAGUCCAGUCGCGCCACGGUUAUUGUUCGAUUUCAUGAACCCAAGGUCGCGCGCACCGAGCAUGACUUUUUUCAACAAAUGGCAGUACUGGCGGCUUCGCCUCUCAGAAACCAUUUCUACACUUCGGCGCCUUUGAUGACGCCUUCGCCAUCGUUGAAACCUGUUCACUGUGUCAUUCCGUCCUCGUCCUUAAACCCACAUCCUUUACCCUAUGCAUCCCUUCCGACCUCUUAUUAUACCUGUGUGAGCCCGACCCCAUACGCCACGGCUUAUUACCAUUUUAUGCCAACCUAUGUUACCCCAUCGCUUGAAUCCGCAUCUGUUGCCUACUCCUCAGAGACAAAAUCGCGUAGCAGUAGUGGUUCUACCUCUGGGCAACCGUAAAGGCGGACAUUUAUUUGACCAUCACGGUACGCGCGAAACCUAGGUAAUACACGGCCAGCGCACUUCGAAAGGAGAGAGAGAAGUAAAAGGAAACGUGGAAUUCGCAUCAUAAGCAUAAUUACUCUAUCAUCUAAUGAAAACAAUCAUUUAAUAAGAAUGUGAAAAAAAAACCGAAGAAUUUAUUCGGUAUUGAUAGCUUCUCCAGGUAUUCAUCUUAUUGCUCUAUCCUAUGUAGGUUGCCCUUACUGUAUAUCCAAUCUUCUUAACCGACCUCCCCCUCCCCAAAAAAAAAGUAAAUAGUAAAUUAUCAAUUGUGGUAGACAUAUUGUUGAUCAAUACUCGACAAACACGGACAAAUAAAAAAACAACAUUGUUUUUCUUUUCAUGG